UAUCAUAUCUUAUCCUACACAUUAGGAGUAAUUAUCAACGAUCAUCAAGGAAGGUUAUGGGCGUGUUUAAAGUGUCCCAUCGUGCAAAUUUCCAAAUUUAAAGGUUCAUCAUCAUUCAUUAUAUAUUUACCAACUCCACUUAUAAAAGCUAUGAUCAGGGUCUGAAUAGAAUUGGAAGACGGCUAACCAUAUUCUUGUUAGAGGAGACAAUUAGUAGACUGCGACCACUAAGAUUCUCGGCUCAAGAAAAAUUUACAAAUAUAAACAAAAGACCCAGAAUAUAUCAUACGCAAGGUAAAAGAAAAACAAGGCAAGAAAACAAAAGGCAACAACUUGUCAAAUAAGCAGUCUCAAAAUUUAUUAUGAGUGUUUGGUCUGCCCCGGCAAAGUUAGAGCAAAUACCACUUUUUCCAGGUAAUGAUUCUUGGUUCGAUUCUCACCAUCCAUCUCUGUUAAACCUUUUUUUACUUUGAUUAUUCUAGUAUAUACUAAAAACCAAUCACAAACGAAAUUGUAAACCCAUAUACUAUACAUUACAGAACACUAGAAGAUCUGUCCCUCUGAUCACAACAAUAAACAAAAUUGUGCACAAAGCAACUGAUUUCUGAUUUGAUAUCCAACUCGAUCGAGCCAAGCUGUGUUCCAGGCUCAAGAUCAUCUAAUGGAAGCCACAACGAGCAGCAGGGAUGCACACCGUGAGGCAGCUGCCACCGGCUCUGUGUCAAUAAACCAUCAAGACUACGACUACAAUACUAGGCGAGCGAAUGAAGUGAGCGAGAUUAUAGAGAUAAUAGAGGAGGAAGACGAGGAGAUUCUUGCAGGAAAAUCAGGUGGCAGGAAGUCACAGAAAUUGGUACCAAUUAGUGAAAAUGGGAUAGAAACUAAUACAACAAGCUUGUUCUCUAUUGAUAUAAACCAUAAGGUUAAUGACAGUACAAGGUACUCAUCAUCGGAUGAUGUGGUUUAUGUUGCGGUUGGUAAGAGCGAGUCGAGUAUGGAUGCACUUUUGUGGGCUCUUACUCAUUGUGUUCAUCCUGGCUCUACUGUUGUUUAUCUUAUUCAUAUCUUUCCUGACCUCAAAUUCAUUCCUAGCCCAUUCGGUGGAGGAAUGGUACCUAAAACGUCAGUGACUCCAGACCUGGUGGAGAGUUACAUGAUGGAGGAUUCUAGGAAGAGACGGGAACUACUUAACAAAUAUGUUGACAAGUGCACUUCACAUAUGAUGCAGGUAGAGACUAUACUGAUUGAGAGUGAUUCAGUGAUAAAUGCAAUUGUGGAGCUAAUUUCUGUUCUCAACAUUCGUCGCCUCGUUGUAGGAAUCUCCAAGUCCAACUUGAGGAAAAUGAAGGUAGGAAAAGGGAGUAAUAUAGUGGCAGAUCAGAUAAGGCAAACAGCUCCACAAGACUGUGAGCUUAAAAUAAUACAUCAAGGCAAAGAAUUAGAGUUGAAUGACAUUAAUGGACUAAAUCAAUUAAAUUCAAGUUCUCCUGCUUCUUCUCCUACAGUUGCCUCCAUUAGAAGCAGAGCUCAAUAUGAUGAUCAGGAACAACAACAAUCUCCUACUUCUCCCUUCUCUUGUUGUUUUAAAGGAUAGUUAUUUUUGCGUCACAAAAAGAACAAGCGGGGAUAGCUCAGUUGGGAGAGCGUCAGACUGAAGAUCUGAAGGUCGCGUGUUCGAUCCACGCUCACCGCAUAUUGUUUUUUGGCAAAUCCCUAGAUUUUGAUCUGGCAUGUGCAAUUUUUUUUUGUAAAAAGAUAAAUGACACUUUCUAAUACAUUUGCUGUAUAAACCUUUUAAAUAAGGUCAAGCAGUCUUGCAAUUAAUAGUUCCUUCGGUCCGAAAUACUUAUUAUUGUUCAAACUUAUUUUAUAUAUUGCGUUUAAUAUCUAAAAAAAUAUAGUCAAAUAAAAUCUUAUUUAAAUCGUUUAAUAGCAUAUUUUCAUAAUAUUAACUUUUUAUAAUUUUUAGUUAAACAUAAUUUAAUAUAUAAGA